AUGGCUGAACCAUCCUCUGAGAACUCUGAGGAAAGCCUGGUCACUAAAGAAACCUGCACCUCCGAAAUGGAGAUCUCCGAGUUCUCCACACCAGAGCCCUGUGAUGACGAGCCAAGAAAGGCAAAGAAGAAGACAGCUAAGGGCCGCCGUCGCCGUCGCCGUCGCCGUUGCCGUCGCCGUCGCCGUUGCUGUCGCCGUCGCCGUGGCCACUCCUACCGUCUGAACAAGUCUGUAAGCUUUGCCACCUAUUUCCCCCGGGUGCUGAAGCAAGUGCACACAGGCCUGAGUGUUUCCCGCGAAACGUUAAACAUCAUGGACUCCUUCGUGAAGGAUAUGUUUGAGCGGAUUGCCGAAGAGGCCGGGCGCCUGACCCGCUCCAGCAAGCGCUGUACCAUCAUGAGUGAGGACAUCCAGACAGCUGUGCGUCUUCUGUUGCCUGGGGAGAUGGGCAAGUAUGCCGUGUCCGCGGCCACCAAAUCGGUCAUCAGAUACAUCACCCACAAAUGA